GUAAAACGUUACGGUGGACGCGGGUGUCGGCGUACAACGAACUUCGGUUUUUUUAUUAUUCACUAAUUUAGCAGAAUUCGUUCGUCAGUGUUUGAAGAGCUUCCGUGUUCAGUUGUCAUUUUUAAAUUCUGUUGGAAGUUGUUCGACUAUUGGCGUGUUGACAAUAUCAACAUUUGACCCAUUUGGCCAAAUAUCACGAACAAUAUGCUGGAACUCAAGUAUCUGAUACUUGUUUUAUGUUUGGCGUUAUCGCCAUUAAGCGGUGUGUACUUUAGUUCAAUUUAUUUUAAUGUCAAAUUUUUAGGUAUUUUUACCAUUAACUAUUAUAAUGUACUUAUUUUUAAAUAUAGACCGAUGUAUAGCUGAAGACUUGGAAAAUUUAGAAGGAGAAAUAAUCAAAGAAUUUACUGUUGACGGGACAGUUGAAGGUGCCAGUAAAGAAGGAGCAACUACUGGUAAAUUAAUAAAUAAUAUUUGCCAUUGUUAUUUUUUUCAUUCAUUUGUACACCUAUCUAAGUAGCUGAAUCUAGAAUUAUGUUUAUUGUAACUUUAUUUAUCUAUUUUAAAGUUACUAUGUAUACAAUUUUACUUUACCUAUAUAUGUAAUAAUUUUGUUCAUACUUUAAAUACAGCUAAAUACUUAAAUGAGAAUUGUGAUAUGUAUAAUCUCUAGGUACCUGUAUAUAUUUUUGUUAUAUAAUAGCUGCUAUUUGACCUAUACACUUUAAUUUUUUAAAUUUAAACUACCAGAUUUAAAUCGUAGAUUUUUAAAGUUUUAACUAUAGUUACAAAUUUUAUUGUAAUUUUAUCUGAUGUUUUAUUGAAAAUUAUUAUUUCAGAUGAGCAUGCAGCUGUCAUAGAAGAAGAACGAAUCAAAUUAGAUGGUUUGAAUGCAGCUCAGUUACGUGAGUUAAAAGAACAAGCUGAAACAUUUACUUUCCAGGCUGAAGUCAAUCGAAUGAUGAAACUUAUUAUUAACUCAUUAUAUAGAAAUAAAGAAGUAUAUUAUCUUUUAAAUUUAAUUUGAUACAUAUUGUACUUAUGCAUUUAUUUGUAUAAUACUUAAUUGUAUUUUUAGAUUUUCUUACGGGAACUCAUUUCUAAUGCUUCGGAUGCUUUGGACAAAAUUAGAUUGUUAUCAUUGUCUAAUAGUAAUCUUUUGGAUGCAACUAAUGAACUCUCUAUUAGAAUUAAGGUAAUUUAUAUUUGAUUUUUAAUAGAGGAUAAAUUCCUACAUACAUCAGACUGAGUAGUUGGAAUUUAUUAUUGUAUUAAUUAUUUAAAGUUGAGAUAUUAGUAGGUUUUAUAAUCACCACCAAAAAUAAAAUUCCUAGUGUUAAUCUAAUUGAUCAUUGUUCUAGCAAUAUUUCAAAUAUUGCACUUCACAUCCUUUUUUAUAUAUUUUAGUUUCCAUUUUUACUUGUUUGAUUUAUUAUAGUUUCAUAGUUUUUGUUGUGAGAACUUAUAUUGGAGAUUAUGUUACCUGAUUACUGAUGUUUUUACUAUGUUGCUAAUAAUUAACUUAUAUAUUAGGUAAACAAGGAAUCCCGGAUGUUACAUAUAACAGAUACAGGUAUUGGAAUGACACGUGAUGAUCUAGUGAAAAAUUUGGGUACUAUUGCGAAAUCUGGAACUGCUGAAUUCUUGAGCAAUUUAAGUACUGGCGAAGGUCAAGAUAAAAAUGUCAAUGAUAUGAUUGGACAAUUUGGUGUUGGAUUUUAUUCGGCUUUCCUUGUUGCGGACAAAGUUUUAGUUACUACUAAACAUAAUGAUGAUAAACAGUAUAUAUGGGAAUCUGAUGCUAACAGUUUCUCUAUUGUUGAAGAUCCACGUGGAUCAUCUCUUAAGAGAGGCACACAAAUCAGGUUAGUUAAUAAUAAUCAAGAUAUUUCCUAAGCGUAAAUUUAUUUUUAUUUUUAUUUCAGCUUACAACUUAAAGAAGAAGCUAUUGAUAAUUUAGAAUUAGAAACACUGAAAAAUUUAGUAAAGAAAUACUCACAAUUCAUCAACUUCCCUAUUUAUUUGUGGUCAAGUAAAACUGAAACUGUCGAAGAACCAAUUGAAGAAGAUGAACAAAUAGAGAAAGAAGAAAAACCAGAAGAAGAUGAAGCUGCAGUAGAAGAUGCUAAAGAAGAAGAAAAACCAAAAACUAAAAAAGUAGAAAAAACUAUUUGGGACUGGGAACUUCUAAAUAAUCAAAAACCCAUUUGGACUAGAAAACCUGAUGAUUCAAAUGAGUAUAAAGAAUUUUACAAAGCAUUGACUAAAGAUACUAAAGAUCCUUUGUGCUAUACACAUUUUAAUGCUGAAGGAGAGGUAUCAUUUAAAUCAUUGCUCUAUGUUCCUGUUGCUCAACCUUCAGAUACUUUUAACAAAUAUGGUACUGUUACCGAUAACAUUAAACUUUAUGUUAGAAGAGUGUUUAUAACAGAUGAAUUUACUGAUUUAUUGCCUAAGUAUUUAAGUUUUCUACAAGGAAUUGUAGAUUCUGAUGAUUUACCAUUAAAUGUGUCUCGAGAAGUAUUACAACAACACAAACUGCUCAAAAUCAUUAGAAAAAAACUUAUACGUAAAGCUUUAGAUAUGCUUAAUAAAUUAGAUGCCGAACUAUACAAACAAUUUUGGGCUGAGUAUUCUACUAAGUACGUGAAUAAUUAUUGAGAAUUAAUGUAAAAAUAAUAAUUUAGUAUUUCUCAAACUAGUAUUUUAAUUUUUUUUUUUUUUAACUGUAUAGCAUUAAGUUGGGCAUCAUAGAAGAUCCAUCUAAUAGAGCUCGUCUAGCCAAGUUGUUGCGAUUCCAAUCAUCUGUCGAAGAAACUCCUACCUCAUUGGCAGACUAUGUGAAACGUAUGAAAGAGAAGCAAGAACAUAUAUAUUACAUCGCUGGCUCUAGUAGAGCUGAACUGGAGCGCUCUCCUUUUGUCGAGGGAAUUAUUCGCAAAGGAUAUGAAGUGCUGUAUCUUAUUGAAGCUGUAGAUGAGUACACGUUAUCUUCUAUUCCAGAAUUUGACGGUAAGAGAUUCCAAAAUGUAGCCAAGGAAGGAGUCUCUCUUGCUGAAAAUAAAGAAAAGGUAGAAGAAUUAAAAACACAGUUUGAACCACUUACUAAAUGGCUUGGCGAUAACGCUCUUAAAGAUCAGGUUAGUUAAAUAACUUAAUUUUGUAUUUCUUUUUGUGUUUAAUUAGUAAUUAACAUUUAAUAAUUAGAUUUCAAAAGCAGUUGUAUCUGACCGUUUGGCUGAAUCACCAUGUGCCCUUGUUGCUGGAAUGUUUGGUUGGACUGGUAACAUGGAAAGAUUAGCUUUAUCUAAUGCCCAUCAAAAAGCUGAUGAUCCCCAAAGAGAGUUUUAUUUAAAGCAACGUAAAUCACUUGAGAUAAAUCCUCGUCAUCCACUUAUAAAAGAUUUGUUAAGAAGAGUUCAGGAUGAUGUUGAUGAUCAAAAGGCAAAAGAUAUUGCAGUCAUGUUAUUUAGAACAGGUAAUUUUAGAUAUCCAAGUAUUGCCUACAUAUUCAUUAUUUUCUCAUUUGAAAAACAAUAAAAAUUUGUUCCUAAUUGUUUAGCAACAUUGAGGUCAGGAUUUAUGCUCCAAGAUUCUGCAGAUUUUGCUGAAAGUGUUGAAGCUUUAAUGAGACAAUCAUUAGGAAUUCCGUUAGAUGAAAAAGUCAGUUAUGAUGAUGAUGAACCUAUUGUUGAUCAACAGACAGACAAAGAAGAAGAAGAAGAAGAAGAAGAAAAAGAAGAAUCACCAGAACACGAGGAAUUAUAAAAGGAAAAGUAAUAUAUUUUACUGAUGAACUGUAUCAGUUUGUCUAAUUAUAAGUCUGAUAUUUGUGACAUGUCUGCAUAUUAUUUGAAUAAGUAAUAUAUUUAUUAUCAAUUAUCAUAAAUUGACCAGUAGUAGGUACUUUGUAUUUAUUUUAUAUAAUUUUUUUUCUCAUAAAAUAUUAAAGUACAUAUAAUUUUUUGUAAAAUUUUGAUUAAAAAAAAAAAAAAUCUGUUAUUGUAUGUAAUAUCUAUUGUAUUUUUCACCAUAUGUCACAUAAGUUUAUUGUACAAAUCAUUAAUUUAAAAAAAAUAUUUGAUUUAUUAGUCUAAUUUUUCAUUUAUCUAAAUAAAAUAAAAAGUUGUUUUCAAUUCCAUAUUAUAUACAUCUUUUCUAAUAUAAUAUC